AUGGAGAUCAUGCUUAGCUUGGGGAACGUCUUUGUCGCGUCCAUCGUCCUCAUUUGUACCACUCUUUUCCUCUCCUACCGGUCGAGAAGUGCAAAAGGCAAUGAUAAAUCUCAAAAAAGCCCGGCAAAGGACUUUCGAGGCCGCAAUCCGUUCGACAUACUCUACGAUCCGAAAACGAAUACAAAGAAUGCCACAGAAGCUGAGGUUGACAUCAUUGCUAUUCACGGGCUUGGCUCCAAUGUCGACAGAACAUGGACCUGGCGUGGUAUCGACAAGACUCAGGAGCCAGUCAAUUGGUUAAAAGACGCAGAUAUGCUACCAAACAAGAUACCGACUGCAAGGAUCUUAGCAUUCAAUUAUGACUCGACAUGGUUAUCAGAUGCCCCAAGGACGCGAGUCGAACUCUGCGGUGAGGAAUUAAUCCAGAGUCUCCACAGACUCAGACAAGAGUCGGAUCGUCCAAUUGUCUUUAUUGCCCAUAGCUAUGGUGGCUUAGUUGUUCAGGACGCUCUUCUGUACGCCCACCGAGAAAAGCAAUAUCACCACAUUCUGCAUCACACCAAGGGGUUCAUUUCCCUCGGAACUCCCUUCAGAGGAACCAAAGUCCAAUGGGUUGCGGAUUCGCUAGCAAGAUUGAUGCGAUUUUUUGGCUCACAUCACCAUCUACUCUCACUCUUGAUUUACGACAACUACCAGCUUCGUGACAAAGUUCAUAGCCUCGGCCGGCUCAGGAAGACUUUCCCGUUCCCCAUCUUCUGCUUCUUCGAGUUGAACCAGACUCAAUUUAUCAAUCCCCCGUUCUUCCCCAAUGUAUUUCAGGGAAUGGUCGUGGAAGAAUCAUCUGCAUGUCUGGCUGGCGAUGAGCGCUCAAACCUCCAGACUGACCAUCUCAACCUGAACAAGUACUCGGGCCCAGAUGAUCGAUCUUUUCUCAGUGUCUCUGCUGAGGUUAUGAGAGCGUGCAACAACGUUAGCAGCCUUACUCAUGCUGCGGAAUCCGAGACUACUGUCUCAAUACAAAAAGUGCACUGGGUGGUUCCUUUUGGCCAGAAUGAAGGGUUUGUGGGACGAGAUAACAUUUUGCCCGAUCUUCUAGCACGAAUAUCUCCAGAUUGCCAGCAAAACGCUUGCCAGAGAACGGUUGUGGAAGGGCUUGGAGGCAUUGGCAAGUCCCAAAUUGCCCUCGAAGCAGCUUUUCGUCUACGUGAUUUGGAUCCCACAUGUUCUAUCUUUUGGGUAUCCGCUCUCAGUGUAAUCACUUUUGAAAGUUCGUACCGAGUCAUUGCACAAAAACUAGGCAUUCAGCUCCCAGAUGGAGAAAGCAGCAAUGUUCUACCCCUUAUUAAGCAAGCUCUCGGUAACGAAGCUAUCGGGAAAUGGCUCCUUAUUGUUGAUAAUGCCGAUGUCCCAUCACUGAUGUUCGGGCCAGGGUCCCUGGAAUCUUAUCUCCCAUCUAGCUCACAUGGCUCCAUUCUAUUCACAACAAGAACAUCCGAGGUCACGAACAUAUUAGAUGUCCCCUCGUUGGCAAUAUUCCGAAUUGAGGCAAUGAGCCCGCAGGAGGCCGCAGAUCUCAUGGGCACCCGAUUAUCAACUUCGCAGAUGGAAGACGUUGAAAGCCUUCAUGCUCUUCUUGAACUGCUCUGUCAUCUUCCGCUUGCUCUCAAGCAAGCAGCAGCGUAUAUGCAAUUGCACAGGUUGGGGCCAAAAGAAUAUAUUCAUCGUUGCCAGUCCAGUGACAAGGGUCUUAUCAGGCUACUAAGUCGAGGCUUUGGCGACCGAACCAGGAAUGAUGAUGCUGAACACCCAGUAGCCAAGACAUGGCUCAUCUCAUUUGUGCACCUAUCGAGUAGCAAUAUACUCGCCAGUCAAUAUCUUCAGUUCAUGUCAUUCUUGUCUGAAAAGAAUAUUCCUUUGUCUAUCCUGCCACCAGAGGACGAACUAGAAACCCAAGAAGCCAUUGGUGUCCUACAAGCAUAUGGAUUUGUCACAGCGAGAGAAGACAGGGAAUUUGUUGAUAUGCAUCGACUAGUUAUGCUCGCGAUCCGCAACUGGCUGGAGGAUAGAGGACAAGAAAAAGAGCGCUAUGAACAUGUUCAGGCCAGAAUGGUAGUUCUCUGUGAUGCCGCAAACUACAGGAAUCAGGCCAAGUGGGCAAGAUACAUACCCCAUUGUCACAACGUGGUGGCUGAAGAUGCUCUAUCGACUUCCGCUAAAGCCGCUUGGCGUUUACUUGUACGCUUUUCGCACGCUCUUAUAAUGACGAAUAUGCUAAAGGCUGCACUUGAAUUGAACCGACGGGCUGAAAAGCUUGGUGUGGCUAUUAACGACCCCAAUGAUGUAGAGCAGAUACGGUUCAUGUCUUACUACGCCAUAUCACUUGUUCACGUUGGUAAUCUCGACGAGGCAGAAUACACUCUCCGGGAAACCCUGCCACGAUGUGAGCGGAUUUUGAGCAAGCACCACCCCCUUACAUUCAUGAACAAGAGACUCCUAGUUGGGUUUCCAAUAGCACGAAGACAAUACGAGGGAUUAGAGCAAGUGGCUCGUGAGUUACUGCAAGAAGCCGAAACAGUUUUUGGCAAGGGGAAAAAACAAACCAUUCUAGCCGCCUGUGACCUUUGCGUCGCACUUCUAGCUCUCAGAAGAUACAAAGAAGCAGAGAAACUAGCUAGGCAAUUGCUUGUGCAAUCCCGAAGCACCCUCGGAGACCAACACUACGCGACGUUAAGAGCAAUGCGCCAACUGGGUAAUUCACUGAUAAAACUUCAACGAUUUCGGGAAGCAGAAGAGUUAGCCCGACAAGCUAUUAAAUCUGCGGAAAUAAUACUAGGUAAAGAGCACCCAGAGACGUUUAGUAUUGGUGUUUUUCUGGCUAGCAUCCUCUAUCAGUCGGAGCAGCUUUUGCUAGCAGAAGAGUUAUGCCGAAAACUGGUCAAAGCCCAAGAAAGAAGACUCGGUAAAGAGAACCCAGACACACUACAGUCUGCUCACAUUCUGGCUGAAACCCUUUGUGGAUUGGACCGGUUUUUGGAAGCAGAAGGGAUAUAUCGAGGUAACCUGCAGACUUACCGGCGGCUUUAUGGAGAGGGGAAUGGCAACACAAUAUUAACUGCCAUUAACUUAGGCUCUUGUCUUCGCUUAACAGGGAAACGCCAGGAAGCUGCGGAACUUUUACUACAGACAAGUGAGACAAGCAGUAGAACCUUGGGCGAGGGCCAUAGAUGGACAACUCACUGUUUGAAAGAGUUGAACCUCAUUCCUUAUGAGUUUCAUCCACCGAGAUCGAUCUAG